AUGCGCCCACAAUCAUGGAUCAACUUCGCCCACGUACGGGGAUUGCUCGUCUGGGCUUUGGUCCUUCCAGCAGUUCUCGCUGAAGAGACUGCGACAGAAUCUGCCGGUGUUUCGCGACCUGGUCCAGACCAAGAGAUCGUCGACAUAGUGCCCGUCAAAGAUGCUCCACCCAUCGCUGGGACGAAUAUCCACCAUCAGGGACACGCCCACGAGCAUCUUCAGGUGGAGGCCGAUGAAAUCGGAUCUCUCAUCCAGCGAUCGUCGAUAUCGUCUAGCUUCCCCACGGCCUUCGACACCAGCCUCUCCAACAACUUCACCACAAAGAGCUGCCCAAGCUUCUUCAAGAAGUUUCUCGCAGACUCCAGCUUCACCGACUGCCAUGCCAUCUCUACGCUCCUUCGCGACUCUACCGGAUUCUUCCACACUCUUAGGUCCGCCGCCUCCACAUCGCAUGUCCUCGACACGGCCUGCUCUGCCGACGUCUCGUCCUGCUCCUCCACUAUGUCCAGCUUCGCCUCCGACCUCCUCGACGACGACAACUGCGGCGAGGACUACGAAGCCGGCAACCCCCUGGUCGCAAACGCGUACUACGACAUGAUCACCUACGAACCCAUCUACCGUGCCACCUGCCUCCAAAACCCGGACACAUCAGACUACUGCUUCGUCGAUGCCGUCACAAACUCCUCCAACCCGGUUGACUACGACAUCUACUUCCUCCCCUAUGGCAGCUCGAUUGACUCCUCAUCCACCCCAACCUGCGGCCCCUGCCUCCAGGCAGCUCUAGACAUCUUCAGCGAAUGGGCUCAGGUCAAGGACCAGCCGCUUGCAGAUUCGUACCUUCCCUCAGCCAAAGCAAUCAACGGCAGGUGCGGUGCGGAUUUCGCAAAGGUUAACAUCACCGUUGGUGAAGAGGACGACGUACCCUCUGCUGCUUCGUCGCAGCAAGUUGUCUCACUCCCUCUCUGGCUUUCCCUAACAGUAGGCGCUGCCCUAGUAUCAUUAUGA